AAAAUAUAAUUAUUAUAGAAGUAGUAAUAACUAACUGCGGGAAAUUAAAAGAGUAAAAAUCAGGUGGUGCUCCUGCCCACGGGAUUUCGGGUGCUCGUUCUCAGUUUUUCCUCCUCAUCUUCUUCACCGUUGAAUAAAAAAAAAUUCAAAGCCAACUGCCUGCAAAGUCGUUAUUCAAUUCACACACACACACACACACACACACAUACGCAUAAACCUGGAGAGAUUCAUGCCGGAACUGAGAAAUUUCUAGAGGGGGAAAAAAGACGACAGAAUGUAAAAUGCGUUCCUAAUUCGGUUGUAAUAAUUCAUCGACAAUUCAAUUCAUAUUCCCCAAUUUUUACGAUUCUGUAUUCCUCUCGUUUGUAAUUGUUUUACGCGAAUUGAAUAUAUUGAGAGUUUUGGAGGAAGGAGAGGAUUUCUGCAAGUAAUUAGUGUGAGAGAAAUUGAGGUGGAGACGAACUAUCUGGUUUUGGUGGAAUAGCGGUGGGAGUAAAUUAGGGUGUAGAAAUGGCGGCGCAAGGUGGAGAGGGUGGAGUUGCGGUGUUGUGCGGCGGAGCGGUGGGCAAUGCGUUAGAUUCAAGGUCGGCAGCUGGAGGAAGUGCCGAGGAUGAUUCUGAGCAGAAUUCUCCAAUUUUGUUUUUCCUGUUUUUUCAUAAGGCGAUUAGGUCGGAGCUUGAUGUCCUUCAUCGCUCCGCUUUGGCAUACGCGACUGGGAAAGAGGCGGAUAUUCAGUGGCUGGUGGAACAGUACCGUUUCUUGAGAUUAAUUUAUAAGCAUCAUUCUGACGCUGAAGAUGAGGUCAUUUUUCCAGCUCUUGACAUACGUGUGAAGAAUGUUGCACAGACGUAUUCGUUAGAGCACAUCGGGGAAAGUGACCUUUUUGAUCACUUGUUUGAGCUGCUAAAUUCUAAUGAGCAGAGGGAUGAAAAUUUUGCACGCAAGUUAGCAUCUUGCACUGGGGCCCUCCAAACAUCGAUCAGCCAGCACCUGUCCAAGGAAGAGGAGCAGGUCUUUCCUUUGCUAAUAGAAAAGUUCUCAGUCGAAGAGCAGGCAUCUCUAAUAUGGCAAUUUCUCUGUAGCAUUCCAGUGAAUAUGUUGAAAAAGUUCCUCCCCUGGCUAUCAUUUUCUAUUUCACCUGAUGAGUAUCUGGAGAUGAAGAAAUGUUUGUCAAGAAUUAUUCCAAAGGAAAAUCUUCUUCAGCAGGUGAUUUUCUCUUGGAUAAAAAGUGGAGGACCAGCCAAAAAUGCUGGAGGUCAUAACCUUAGUUCGGAAGUCCAACAUGAUGUAUAUUGCAGUGCUGCCAAAGAACUUCAUGCCGAGAAAAGAAAGUGUCCAUGUGCACCUUCAAGGAUUGGCAAGAGGAAGUUUGCACUGUCUCUAGAUGAUGUCUCUGAUGUAGAUAAAGACAACCCUAUAGAUGAAAUAUUGUACUGGCACAAUGCGGUCAGACAAGAAUUAGAAGACAUUGCAGAUGAAGCUAGGAAAAUUGAGCAGUCUGGAGAGUUUUCUGAUCUGACAUCAUUUUAUGAAAGGCUACACCUUAUUGCUGAGGUUUGCAUAUUCCACAGUAUGGCUGAGGACAAAGUAAUAUUUCCAGCAGUUGAUGGAGGAGUCUCCUUUCUGGAAGAGCAUGCUGAGGAAGAAAGUCAAUUCAAUGAGCUUCGGUGCUUAAUUGAGUACAUUCAGAAGUCAGGUGCCAACACGACUUCAGCUGCAGAAUUUUUCGCUAAGCUAUGUUCCCAGGCUGAUUUAAUAAUUGAAACCAUCCAGAGGCAUUUCAAAAAUGAGGAAGCAGAGGUACUCCCACUUGCUCGUAAGCUUUUUAGCUUCAAAAGACAGAGAGAACUUCUGUACCAGAGUCUCAGUGUAAUGCCGUUGAAGUUGAUUGAGCGUGUUUUGCCAUGGUUUGUGGGAAAGUUAACUGAAGAGGAAGCCAGGAACUUCCUUAAAAAUUUGCAGCUAGCAGCACCAGCGCCUGAUGCUGCUUUGGUAACUUUAUAUUCUGGUUGGGCAUGUAAAGGGCGUCAUCAUGAUGUAUGUUUGUCCUCUGAUGCUCCUGGCUGCUGUUUGGUCAAAAAAUGCUCUAAUCCUGAUAUAGAAGAAAAUUAUGUCCGGGGAUCCUGCCCAUGUGCACUUUAUAUGCAAAAUGUAGCUGAAAGGCCAGCAAAGAAAAAUCUCCCAGUUUCUGAUACUAGCCAAAUUAUAUCCGGAUCAUCUGUAGAUAAAAUUUCCUUAAGCACCUCCUUUAAUGGACAGUCGUGCUGUGUUCCUGGAUUGGGAGUUAAUGUUAACAAUCUGGGCUUGAGCACAAUUUCAACCCCAAAAUCUUAUCGUGCACAGUCCUGCUCUUCUGCACCUUCUCUUAAAUCUAGCCUUUUUAUCUGGGAGACAGAUAAUAGCUCUUGUAAUGUUGAUCGUAAAGUGCAUCCAAUUGAUACAAUAUUCAAAUUUCAUAAAGCAAUACUGAAAGAUUUGGAAUACUUGGAUGUUGAAUCCGGUAAACUUAGUGAUUGUGAUGAAACUGUCCUCCGGCAGUUCAUUGGAAGGUUCCGACUGUUGUGGGGUUUGUACAGAGCUCAUAGCAACGCAGAGGAUGAAAUAGUGUUCCCGGCACUUGAAUCUAAAGAGGCUCUUCACAAUGUUAGUCACUCAUACACGCUAGACCACAAGCAGGAGGAAGAAUUAUUUGAAGCCAUAUCUUCGUCUCUGUCUGAUCUGUCAAAACUUCAUGAUUGCAUGAGGGGAGUUGAGAAUGUUGAGGGUAUGGAUUGGACUGGACCCGAUAGUUCUGAGUAUCGUUAUGAUUCCAAAAGAAAAUACAAUGAGCUGGCCACAAAGCUUCAAGGCAUGUGCAAGUCAAUUAGAGUCAGCCUCCAUCAGCAUAUUUAUCGAGAGGAACUUGAGCUCUGGCCACUGUUUAAUGAGCACUUUUCAGUGGAAGAGCAGGGCAAAAUUGUUGGUCGCAUAAUUGGGACCACUGGUGCUGAGGUAUUGCAAUCAAUGCUCCCUUGGGUAACAUCUGCACUUACCCAAGAUGAACAAAAUAAUUGGAUGGACUCAUUGAAGCAAACAACUAGAAACACGAUGUUUAAUGAAUGGCUAAAUGAAUGUUGGCGAAAAACUCCAGAAUUAUCUGUUCUACCUGAAGAAGUAGAAAAUACUGCUACUAAAGGUGCUGACACUCUGGAGGGUGAUCAGAUGUUCAAACCGGGUUGGAAAGAUAUUUUCCGCAUGAAUCAAACUGAACUUGAAUCGGAGAUAAGGAAGGUUCAUAGAGACUCUACUCUUGAUCCUAGGAGAAAAGCUUAUCUGAUUCAAAAUCUUAUGACAAGUCGUUGGAUAGCUUCUCAGCAAAAAUCUCAAGCAUUCAGAGGCGAAAAUUCCGCUAGUGAAGAAACAUUUGGACUAUCACCUUCAUUUCGGGAUUCAGAUAAACAAAUUUUUGGAUGUGAACACUACAAGAGAAACUGUAAACUUCGGGCUGCUUGUUGUGGAAAGUUGGUUACUUGCAGAUUUUGUCAUGAUGAAGUGAGCGAUCACUCCAUGGAAAGGAAAUCAACAGUGGAGAUGAUGUGUAUGCUUUGCCUGAAGAUUCAGCCAAUUGGGCCAGUUUGCUCCACACCUUCAUGCAAUGGAUUUUCUAUGGCAAAAUACUAUUGCAAUAUUUGCAAAUUUUUUGAUGAUGAGAGGGAUGUGUAUCAUUGCCCCUACUGCAAUUUAUGCCGUCUUGGGAAAGGUCUUGGUGUAGACUUUUAUCAUUGUAUGAAAUGCAAUUGUUGUUUAUCAAUGAAACUAGAAGAACAUAAGUGCUUGGAGAAGGCUUUGGAGACAAAUUGCCCAAUCUGCUGUGAGUUUCUGUUUACUUCCAGCGCAACUGUUAGAGGUCUACCAUGUGGUCACUACAUCCAUUCCGCUUGCUUUCAGGUAUCUUAUGUUUUUUUCUGUGUUCUUGUAUACUGUAAGUUCUUUGAAUUCAUCAUAUUAUUUAUGGUUCUUUGAAUUCAUCAUAUUAUUUAUGGUUCUACUGAUAAUUCUCUGUGAUUCAUUAUGUUAUUGGACCUUUUCAGGCAUAUGCUUGCAGUAAUUAUGUUUGUCCAAUAUGCAGUAAAUCCAUGGGUAACAUGGCGGUAAAGUUUCUCAUUUUCUUCUCUCACACUUGUAUGCACUGUUACUUAAGUUUAAUUGACUAUAACCAGCCUCAAAAUGCAAUGUAGUGUAUGCUUCAAGAAAAAAUAAAAUAACGUAGAGGAUUGAUGCGGUAACAUCGCAUUGGAAUAAUAUCCAAGUUUUGGUUAACAAUUUUAUCUGAUUAUCUUGUUCGUUUUGGCCUCAAUAGUUAAUUUCAAAUUGGUGUUCUUUUUGGCCUUGUAGGAAUGUUAUUUUUCUGCUCUUAAGAAUCCUUUCAUUAACCAAUAGUGAAUCUUCCACUGGAUAGAGUUAGAGCCAGGAUUUGCUGCUUGCUAUUUAGUCGUGGAAUUACCAACCUUAUUAAGAAAUACAAAUUGAUACAAUUUAUGUAAGGCGCUUUGUUGAGAAUUACUUUAUGACUCAGGUUUACUUUGGCAUGCUCGAUGCUUUACUUGCUAAUGAAGUGCUUCCAGAAGAAUAUCGAAAUCGUCAUCAGGUAUGUCCACUUUUAUUGCAUUUCGUGCAUUCUUCCAUUGGUUAUCAAAAUUUUGUAACAGCUAGUAUGAUGGUUGUUCAACCAUGUUCUAGCAUAUACAAGUUAAGCUUUUUGGUUAUCUCUACUUAGUUUUAUGAUUGGCCGAAAUUUGGAUUGCUAGUAGCUGCACAACCCCUCAUUGGAGAUCCCAAGAAGUCUGCUCAGUCAUUCUUCUUUUGAUGAUGACUGUGGAAAAUUACCAAUUUGGUGUAUUAAUCUUCUCUGACGAAUUUCUACCAGGAUAUUCUUUGCAAUGACUGUGAACGGAAAGGCACGGCCCGCUUCCAUUGGUUGUAUCACAAGUGUGGAUUUUGUCGAUCAUACAAUACUAGGGUUAUCAAGUCUGGACCUGUCACUCCUCCUGAAUGCUCUUCUUCCAACUAUGAGGGUCCUUGAAAAAUGAAGAGAGUUUGAACAUGUGUAAAUAUGGCCCGUAGAGAAUUCAAAAAAAUUUUGUUUGCCCUUUUGGACUUUGUAUAGGUUUUAAUCAUCGUUGUAGCUCUAUUGACAAACAUAGUAGUAUUUUCAUUUUAGCUUGUUCAUUGUAUAAUUGUGCUGCUGCAUCGUUUCAAAGAGGAAGUAUGCUGUGUAGAGGGUAAUUGAGGUAGAGGUUUAUAUCUUCAUAUCGAAAGUUAUUGGUGUUUUUAUUAUCACAUGAAUAGUUUCGAAAUUAUAUCUUCAUAUUGAUUUCACAGCUACUGUAUCAACGUUUUACUCAAAAGGACACCCUAACUUUUCGCUCAUUCAAAAGAAUUAUUUAUAAGUAGUGAUGAAGAGAAAAGAAAUACGAUA